AAAAUUCCAGAGUAAUUUUUUUCCACUAGAAACUACCAGGAAAGCGGCAACUCUACUCUUAAAAGGAAAUUUUUCCAGAUAAACUCUGCUGCUAUACUUCAGGAAUCGUUCAUCAUGCCAAUUCUCAUUGAAUUGCUGAUAAUUUUGAUCUCAACCUUGGCCCUGCUAUUGCCCAUCUUUCUCUACCGAUCAUACAUAUCCAAAGACCAUCAUGAUGUGCCUGAAGCCGAAGGCGGCUGGCCUAUAGUCGGCCACCUUCCUCUGUUCAGCAGCAAGGACCUGAUGCACAAAAAGUUGGGCUCCAUGGCCGACAAGUACGGACCAAUUUUCACCAUAAGAUUAGGCUCUCAUCGAGCAAUCGUCGUGAGCAGUUGGGAAGUGGCUAAGGAGUGUUUCACUGUCCAUGACAAAACCUUCGCCGAUCGACCAAUGAUCACCGCCACCAAACUCAUGGGCUACAAUGGUGCCAUGUUCGGAUUCGCUCCUUACGGGGAAUACUGGCGAGAGAUGCGCAAGAUAGCGACGAUCGAGCUCCUUUCGAACCACCGGCUUGACUCGCUAAAGCACAUACGAGCUUUCGAGGUCGAGACAGCAAUAAAAGACCUGUUCAAGGCCUGGAUCGAAAAGGGUAGGCCCAGAAAUGGGAUCCCGGUGGAAAUGAAGUCUUGGCUAGGAGAUUUGAUGCUCAAUAUAUCGGUGAAAAUGGUAGGAGGAAAGAGAUACUGCGGUUCGAACGCUGACUGUGACGAUGCCGAGGCAAAGAGGUGCCAAGGGUCAAUCAGGAGGUUCUUUGAUCUAUUUGGAGUCGUCGUGUUGUCGGAUGCGAUCUCAGGUCUCGGCUGGUUGGACUGUGGUGGUUAUAAACGAUCGAUGAACGAGACCGCAAAAGAGUUGGAUGUUUUGGCUCAGGGGUGGCUAGAGGAGCACAGAAGGAAGAGAUUGUCCCACCCCGGAGGCGAUGGAGAGCAAGAUUUCAUGGAUUUGAUGCUGAAGGUCAUCGAAGGUGUGGAGUUUUCAGAUUUUGAUGCCGAUACAGUUGUUAAGGCAACUUGUUUGAACAUGAUAAUAGCUGGGACCGACACCUUGAUAGUGGUGCUCACGUGGGCGCUAUCGCUGCUAGUGAACAAUCGCCACGCAUUGAAAAAAGCGCAACAAGAGCUGGACACCCAUGUCGGCAAGAGCAGGCGUGUGGAAGAGUCCGACGUGAAGAAUUUGACCUACCUCCAAGCCAUCGUCAAGGAAACGAUGCGUUUCUAUCCACCGGUUCCGAUCGUUGGUAUUAGAAGUUCCAUGGAAGAGUGCACCUUCUCCUCCGGCUACCGCAUUCCUGCAGGUACUCGUUUGCUGUUGAAUGCCUGGAAAAUACAGAGGGAUGAGCGCGUAUGGUCCAACCCGGACAGGUUCGAGCCCGAGAGGUUCCUCACGACGCAUGAGAAUGUGGAUGUGAGAGGUCAGAACUUCGAGCUCAUCCCCUUCGGCGCGGGGAGGAGGUCAUGUGCCGGAACCUCGCUGGCUCUUCACACAAUGCAUUUGACCCUUGCCAGCUUGUUGCAAAGUUUUGAAAUCGACACGGUCUCGGGCAAACCAGUGGACAUGACCGAGAGCCCUGGCUUGACGAAUUUGAAGGCGAGCCCGCUUGAAGUUGUGCUCAUUCCACGCCUUGAUCAGAAGGUUUAUGAAAGAGACGAGUAAGAGAAAGUGGAGUCUCUUGACUAUCGUUAGCACUUUAUUAUGGGGAGAGCCACAAGCUCCGUUUUCCCUUGAAAAUCAGACUUGAAUGUAUAUGUUUACACCUAAGUGGCUACUACGGAUUGCAAUUAGGAACAUAAAAAAGACUUCAAUUAUAUUACAUUUGAAUCCAUUUGCUUAAUCGUUUUUAGUCAUA